UUGUAUGCAUUUAUCACAAAUUCACAACACGGUCACGUAAAAGCAUUCCGCCGUUCCGCGUAACCAUCAUACAUUCAUAAUUCAUCCCAAAUUAGAAUAUGCUUUGCUGUUAAUCAAAGCCCCACAAAUCGCAAAUUACAAUCAACCCCAAAAAAUUCCCCAAAUAUUUUCCUAGGUUUCCCAAGAACCCUAACAAGAGGACACAAUUGUUCUGGAAUUCAGAAAAAUUUAUUCCCGAAUAUCCAGAAAAAAAAAAACAUUAUUGUGAAUUUCUUGAUAUAGACAACAAUGGCGGUUUUGGGCAAAGCGCAAGGUGACAUUGAAAGUGGGCAGCUCUACCCUAACAUGGUGGAAGAUGUAAGACACCGAUGGGCUUUUAUACGAAAAGUGUAUGUGAUCAUCGCCAUGCAGAUGAUUCUUACCGCCGCUGUCUCCGCCGUCGUCGUCUUCGUUCGACCGAUUCCCGAGUAUUUAGUGUCUACCCGUGCUGGCCUCGGCAUUUAUAUUGUCAUCCUUAUUUCUCCCCUAAUAAUCAUGUGUCCAUUGUACGCUUACAUGAAGCGCCACCCUCUCAAUUUCAUCCUUCUUGGGUUGUUUACUGUUGCCAUUUCUUUUGGCGUUGGAAUGAGUUGCGCUUUUGUCAAAGGGAAAAUAGUUCUGGAGGCAUUGAUUUUAACAUGUGUUGUGGUAAUCAGCCUUACCCUAUACACAUUCUGGGCAGCAAAAAGAGGUCAAGACUUCAGCUUUCUAGGCCCUUUCCUGUUCGCUGGAAUGAUGGUCUUGAUGGUUUUUAUGCUAAUCCAGAUUUUCAUUCCACUUGGAAAACUCUCUCUGAUGAUCUAUGGUUGCAUAGCUGCCAUAUUGUUCUCUGCAUACAUCGUGUACGACACAGACAACUUGAUCAAGCGUUAUAGCUACGAUGAGUACAUACCUGCUGCUGUCACCCUUUAUCUUGACAUUGUCAACCUCUUCCUCGCCCUACUGGCUCUUUUCGAGGGAGCAGACAGCUAGACUAUAUAUUGACACCAUACUUAGAAUUUGUCACUUCUUUGACACCAUACUAUUCUUGCCAACCAUGUAUGGAAUCUGUAUAUAGUGAUCUGUGGAUAGUGUAUUCUGUCACCGAUUAGAAUAAUGGACAUGCUUAGUUCCGGAGGUUAAAGAACCGUUGUCCUCGUGUUAGAAAGCUUACUACUGAAUUGGUUUUUGUAUAGAGUUAUACGUUUUUUAUUACUAGCUAGCUUCUAUGGCUUCUUUGUC